AUGCUUAUGCGCUUUUAUGAACUGCGUGAUGAAGUCAAGCAAUUCAUGGAGAUGAAGGGAACACCUGUCAGGGAACUCAGUGAUAGCAAGUGGCUGUGUGAUCUUGCUUUCAUGGUUGACAUUACCAAGUAUCUCUCAGAGCUGAACGUCAAGCUGCAGGGCCCCAACCAGCUUCUCAGCUCUCUGCUUUCACACGUGAAAUCAUUUGAAGCUAAAUUAAAGCUGUGGAAAGUGCAACUCGAAAGAAGUAACACUGUGCAUUUCCCCACUCUGCAAGAACAAAAUCCUUCUACAACGGAUGAAUAUGCUGGUGAGUGUGCGAAACUAAUUGAGGCAUUUAGUGAAAGGUUCAAGGACGUGAAAAGUAAACAACAGGAGUUGAACAUCUUCGCUACACCAUUUAAUGUGGAACCAGCUGAUGUGCCUGAUAACCUGCAACACGAAAUAAUUCAGCUGCAAAGCGAUGAUGAGCUGAAAGCUAGGUACAACAACCUCUCACUGCUUGAGUUCUACAGACGUUACGUAAGUGCUGAUGAUUUUCCUAUUUUGAGGAGACAUGCACUGAAAUAUGCAUCUGUGUUCGGAACGACUUACUGCUGCGAGCAGUUCUUCUCAAAACUUACCCUGGCAAAGAGUAGACUGCGCUCCAGACUGACCGAUGCAAACCUGGAAAACCAGUUGCGAGUAGCAUCAUCAACAGUACCACCUAACAUCACGCGCCUCGCCAAAGAGAAGCAGUUCCAGCCGUCACAUUAG